CUGUAAUGCUCACUGCCGGAUACCAACGUUUCACGGCAUUAGUUGAACAAAAACGGUAGCAAAUAAGGCAUUACACGAGACCUUUGUGGUGCUUAUACGUGGCAGCAAUGCCUGAAGAGGCGUAGCAACCUCAGAUUAUGUACCACCACAGAACGUUCGUUCAGGUGACACCGUCUCUACAAAACAGCAGCUGUACGCAUCCCCGUUACAACCAGGUGACAUUCUGGACAAACCUGACUACUGGUGACGUCGUACAAGCAUCGGUGGUCCUAAUCCUGACUAUGGGAAUAAUCGUGGCCAAUUUGCUCCUUAUCUCCGUCAUCAACAGUCGAAGAUAUUCCAAGUACAUCCACUCUCAGCCUCGCUAUCUCUUGACCUCACUGGCCUGCAAUGACUUGGCGAUGGGUUUACUGGUGACGCCAUUUGCUGUCCUGCCAUCCUUGAGGAAUUGUUGGCCCUAUGGCGAACUAGUAUGUCAAAUUCAGGCAUUGCUACGUGGAGCUAUAAGCCAACAGAGUGCUGUCAUAUUAAUUUGCAUGGCGAUGGACAGAUACUUCUGCAUGCUGCACCCAGUCAGAUAUCACAAGCAUUCGAGCAAGAAGGGCUGCGUCGCUCUCAUCAGUAUGACGUGGGUUCUUUCAAUGAGUUUGUUCACUUUCCUGGUGCUGCCUAGCGGCGGUUUCUACUUCAAUUCGACCGGAAUGAUGGCUUGCGAGCCGUUUUAUCGUCGAUCUUCGGUCCGUAUUCUAGCCGCUUGCGGUUUUUAUUUUCCUACGACAAUGAUCCUGAUGUAUUGCUACGGUUCCGCGUUCCACGUCAACAAACUUAGACUCAGGAAGUUCAGCAACGGCGGCACAGGAUGCAACGCAAUUUCCAGCCCGGACGGGGGCUACAUCAAAACAUCGAGCAUGGAAAAGUUACUGACGCAGGAACGAAAACUGAGCACGUCUGCUUCGAGAACUAUGGCGGCCAUGUCCUUGGGGUUCAUCGUGCUUGUAACACCGUGGACCAUCCAGGAGGUGGUAGCUGCGUGUACCGGAUCGCGUGCCCCGCGAAUCCUCGAUUUCCUCGCCACUUGGUUAGCGCUCAGCGACUGCUUCUGGAACCCGUUUCUGUACUGGCUACUGAACAACCAUUUCCGCCGCAUCAGCAAAGAUAUACUUAAGGGGAGGAUAUUCUGCCGCAAGGCGCAUCAGCACAAGCAAGAAGACUCGCAGCACUGUUGCAACAACACACCCACGUUCAUGGGUCACGUGCCCGGCUGCGACCUGGAGGGACUCUCCGAGAAGUAUUGGGGAGAGAUAUUGGAGCGCACUUUGUCGUCGAGUUCGCUCCACGCGCUGCAAGGCGCAUACUCUCAGCUCGACUGCAACGGCCUGCAGGAAAUGCGGAUCUUGGACUUGGCCGUGCCGGACUUAUGAAAAUCGGACAAGACCACGCAGACAUUUGACAUUACGACGGCGAGCGAGA